AUGGGACCUCGUUGCUCUAAGCUAUCUCUCUGUUGGUGGCCAACACAUCUCAAAUCAACUCUCAACGAAACUUCUGAUCUAGAGAACGGGACUGACGAUUUGCCGUCGUUUACGGAGUUUAGUUUCGACCAGCUACGAGCUGCUACUUCUGGUUUCUCUACAGACAGCAUCGUCUCCGAACACGGUGUUAAAGCUCCUAAUGUCGUCUAUAAAGGCAGGCUCGAAGAUGACCGAUGGGUCGCUGUUAAACGCUUCAACAGAUCCGCUUGGCCUGACACUCGUCAAUUUCUUGAGGAAGCAAAAGCUGUGGGGCAGUUGAGGAAUGAGAGAUUGGCCAAUUUGAUAGGAUUUUGUUGUGAAGGAGAUGAGAGAUUGCUCGUUGCAGAGUUUAUGCCUUUUGAAACUCUCUCUAAGCAUCUCUUCCACUGGGAUAGCCAGCCAAUGAAGUGGGCUAUGAGGUUAAGAGUGGCUUUGUAUCUUGCACAAGCACUCGAGUAUUGCAGCAGUAAAGGUCGCGCCUUGUACCACGAUCUCAAUGCUUACAGGAUCUUGUUUGACCAGGAUGGUAACCCGAGAUUAUCUUGCUUCGGUCUAAUGAAGAAUAGUAGGGAUGGGAAGAGUUACAGUACAAAUUUGGCUUUCACACCUCCUGAGUACCUAAGGACUGGGAGAGUGAUUCCAGAGAGUGUGGUCUACAGCUUUGGAACGUUGUUGCUAGAUCUUCUCAGCGGCAAACACAUACCACCAAGCCAUGCGCUUGAUCUGAUUCGUGGGAAGAACUUCCUGAUGCUGAUGGACUCAUGUCUCGACGGUCAUUUCUCAAACGAUGAUGGAACCGAUUUGGUUCGCUUAGCUUCCCGUUGUUUGCAGUAUGAAGCUCGUGAAAGGCCGAAUGUGAAAUCUCUCGUGGCCUCACUUGCUCCUCUUCAGAAGGAAACUGACGUUCCGUCUCAUAUCUUAUUGGGGAUUCCACAUGGAACUGCUUCUCCAAAGGAAACAAGUUCUUUAACUCCUCUUGGCGAUGCUUGUUCAAGACUUGAUCUCACCGCGAUACAUGGAAUUCUUGAAAAGGUUGGAUACAAAGACGAUGAGGGCAUAGCAAAUGAGCUCUCGUUCCAAGUAUGGACCGACCAGAUUCAGGAGACUCUAAACUCCAAGAAACAAGGAGAUGCUGCAUUCAAAGGAAAAGACUUUGUCACUACCAUCGAAUGUUACACGCAGUUCAUCGAAGAUGGCACAAUGGUAUCGCCAACGGUUUUUGCAAGGAGGUGUUUGUGUUAUCUGAUGAGCAACAUGCCUCAAGAGGCUCUUGGUGAUGCAAUGCAGGCGCAAGUAGUCUCUCCCGAGUGGCCAACUGCUUUCUAUCUUCAAGCUGCUGCUCUCUUCAGCCUUGGAAUGGAUAAAGACGCUUGCGAAACCCUAAAAGAUGGAACUUCCUUGGAAGCCAAGAAAAAGAACAACAGAAACUGA